ACAGUGUGUGAAUGUGGCAACCAAGAUAGACAGGGAGGGGUAGCUAGAGUGACCAGACCAGGGUUUUUUUUGUCCUUUUUUCUAAUUUUUCCUCUUCUUGUUGAGCAGAUAUCUACAGUUUAUGAUUCGCCACGUUUUUAAACUUGUGUGUCGACCACAAAACCCCGCUGCUGCUUUUCCUCGGGACUAACCGACAUCGUUUUGAAAACAGCACAGAAGAAAGAAGGAAAAGGAGAAACAACAUGGGGCGAUAAUAAAAAAAAAAAAAAUGAAGGUGUUGUGAAACGACGAUGACUCUCUGGGAGGACCCGUGAAGCUUAUUUAUUUAUUUAUUUACCCCCUUCCUUUUCCCUUGUGGUUUAUUUGUUUUUGGGUUUUUUUUUUCCUUUACUUGUCCCCUCCAGACACUUUUGGGGGGGUUGUUUUGGGGUUGGGUUUUUUUUCCUAAGCAGAAGACGACGGGAAAAAUUACAAGAGGGGGAGGAAGGAUGGACCAAGCCGGCAUCCUGAGAAAGUUUAUCCAGGGGGUGAAGAGCAUGAGGGAAGGCGACGAGGAAAGGGGAGAGGACAACUUCGGCAGCGACUUUAUGAGGCUACGGCGGUUAUCAACCAAAUACAGGACAGAGAAGAUCUACCCCACCAACAUAGGAGAGAGAGAGGAGAAUGUCAAGAAGAACAGAUACAAAGAUAUACUGCCAUUUGAUCACAGUAGGGUGAAGUUGACAUUAAAAACUACCAACCAGGACACAGAUUACAUCAAUGCCAAUUUCAUCAAGGGUAUGGAUGGCCCAGAGGCCUAUAUUGCAACUCAGGGCCCACUGCCUAACACUGUCAUCGACUUCUGGAGAAUGAACUGGGAGUACAACAUAGCUGUUAUUGUAAUGGCUUGUCGAGAGUUCGAGAUGGGCAGGAAAAAGUGUGAGCGGUAUUUCCCAAUGCAAGGGGAGGAGCCCAUGUGUUUUGGCCCCUUCAGAAUCUCCUGUGAAUCAGAGCAGGCCAGGACUGACUACUUUAUCAGGACUCUUAUGGUGGAGUAUGAGAAUGAAUCAAGGAGAUUCACACAGUUCCAUUAUAUGAACUGGCCUGAUCAUGACGUCCCCUCAUCGUUUGACUCCAUACUGGACAUGAUAGGACUAAUGAGAGAAUACCAAGAAAAUGAUGAUGUUCCAAUAUGUGUGCAUUGCAGUGCGGGCUGUGGGAGGACGGGUGCUAUCUGUGCUAUUGACUACACAUGGAACCUCCUCAAAGCUGGGAAGAUACCAGAAGACUUCAAUGUGUUCCGGUUGAUUCAAGAAAUGAGGACGCAACGACACUCUGCUGUUCAGACCAAGGAGCAGUAUGAGUUAGUUCAUAGAGCGAUCGCUCAACUCUUUGAGAAACAACUGAAGCUACUGGAGAGUCCCACAAACACACAGAUACAUGAUGGCAUGGAUGAGAGUAGUCCAGACAAGACAGGCCACCAGUCAGAUGACGAGCGAUGGGACACACCGCCGCCGAAACCGCCUCGCAUACGCAGUUCCCAGGUGGAGGGCGAUGUUAAGGAGGAGAUUCUCCAGCCUCCGGAGCCUCGACCUGUACCCCCCAUCCUCACUCCUUCUCCCCCUUCAGCUUUCCCCACCGUCACCAACGUACGGCAGGACAACGACCGCUACCACCCCAAACCUGUCAUACAUGUCCUGGCCACCACACAGCAAAACCUGACACAGAACCGGGGAGAUAGGGAAGCAGACCUCCAGCUGAACCAGUCUGAACCCAGUCCAAACACGCAGAGCAGUCCCACGGAGCGGAAGGACCAGGAUCCACCAAGUCCUAAACUCCAAACCCAAACCCAGGUCUCAAAUGCAGAUCUCAAUGACAACUACAACAGCAAAUUGACAUCAACAACUGCGACAUCGGAAUCAGGCCAAAUCCAGACUCAGACCCCCUCCUCUCCCUUGCCCCUCUCCCCGGUCCUGGAAGGUUCUGGCGUUCCACGAAUAGAGAGAAAGCUGAGCAUUGAGAUUAAAAAGGUGCCAUUGCAGGAGGGACCCCGUAGCUUUGACACUUCCUCCUCCACGGGAGUAGGAGGCGCGAUCAACACUGGUUCAGGCAAUAGCAUGACCAUGCUGCAGCGAAGUCACGCCUUCAAAGCCCGUUCUGGCCAGUCCUUGCUAACCUCCAGCUCCUCACUGUCUGAGGACUCGGGCACAGAGGGGGGAGCGGGUGGAGGUGGGGGGAGUCAGUCGGAUGCUGGCCUCCCAUCCAGACCUAACCACCUCCCUCUGAAGGGCGGAGAAAAGACAGAGGCACAGGGAGGAGAGAAAGUGGAGUUGAAGCCUGGCCAUGCAGCAUGGGCUCAGGCCUGCAGCAGCCCAGAAAAACAACUCCCCAAGACCUCUUCCUCCUCCUCUUCUUCAGACCGUGUUCCCCCCUCCUCUUCCUCCUCCUCUCACCUUUCCUCCUCAUCCUCGUCCUCAUCCACUCCUGUUCGGACUGCCCUGAGUUUCACCAACCCCCUACACUCUGAUAACUCGGACGAAGAGGGGGAUGGAGAGAUGUCCAGAGGAAGGGAGGCUUAUCGUUCUAAUGUAUCCACGGCAACAGCCACAGUAACUACAGCUCCUAACCAUGGAGACCAGCAGCCAGUCAGGAAGGUGUUGCCCAUGUCCAUCGUGGGGCAGAGCUCUCCAUCGCCCACGGCGACCACUGCAAACUGCUGGGACAGCGACGGCUCCCCCCCCCCCCUCCCUGAGAGAACCCCCGAGUCCUUCAUACUGGCCACAGACCCAUUGGAAGUGAAGACCUCUUCCUCAGCUGAAUGGAGCAGUUCACAAAGAGACAUGUCAGAGUGCAUUAAGAAGACGCCAUCUCCAGCUGAUCCUACAUCUGUUAACACCACAGCAACAGACAGCAAAGCAGGCCAGGGGUUCGGUAAUCGCUGCAUUCAGCCCAAAGGCCCCCGAGAGCACCCGGUUCAGUGGACGUGAUGGAGUGAACCAUCUUCCAGUCCACCUCGAGUGCCCCCCCCUGUCUGUCAGGAGAUGGACUUUUCCAAUCCCACCUGGCUAGUCCAAUGCCAAGGUGAUAGAUGCUACAUAGACUGCACACUUUUACAUAGAAACACCCUCUGUGUAACUCUGUGCCAACACCUUCUCAAGAUCGAGCUACUCUUCUCCUCCUCCUCCGCUCUUCCUCUGUCCUUCCUGCCAAGGGCCACUGUACAGAGGAGAACACUUACUGGUCGAAUGGCUUGUCCAUCAUGAGAUGAAGCCCAUCUCGUUCCCUUCAGCUUCUUGGUGUUGGGGGUUUAGUUUUCUGUAGAUGCUGACCUGGAAUCAGUUUGGUAAUUUCCCCAAUAAUGGUCAAAGGAUAAUUCCUGUUUUUUCUCCGGAGCUUUAGAUGUCUUUUUUUAACUUGAGACGUGAAGGCUGCGGGAACAGCACAAUUUAUGGUCAUGUUGUCCAGCAAUAGCCAUACAAAUUAUGAAAGAAAAGGUUUGUGCCAAUCAAUGGGAGCAAAGGUGCUCGCUUGGUAUCAUGAAUACUUGGCGAUGUAGAAGAAAGCUGACAAGCUUUAUAAAUUUUGAUCAAAUCACCUUAAAUUAACAGGAGCAACACUUUGUUCUACAUGAAAUCAGAAAAAUCUGACUUGUACCUGAUUUAUCUUUAAUGAUAAAUCAGGACUUCAAUCUGAAAGACUACUGUGGGAUACUGAUUCUUGAUCUGCACCAAGGAUUAACUUAACCCCUGGAAGGUUUCUGCUUCUUUCUGCUGAAUGAACAACAAUCUUCAAAGCGAAUCUAGAUAAUCUGUUACCCAUGAUGCAACAUUUUCUGCUGGGUAUGUAUAGGUUGCUGGGGUGCACACUCUGUCUUGCUCUCUUUCUGUCUCUCUCUUCCUCUUUCAGUGUGCUGGUGCUACAUUACAAAUGAUCAGCAUGGAAACAGAUCAGCUAGAGUUGACGGUCACCAACCUCUACUCGUCUCUCUCACCUCUCAUGGCUUCUUGUGCUAGCUGCAGUAAUGUCCUCUCUAGUACUUUGUGUUUCCAUGCUGAAACUCCCUCUCACCAGAGCCAUAGAUUCACAUAGUUUGGUCAUUGCACAUGUCAGUGUGCAGCCAUGUUGCUCCACAGCCCUGCUCCAGGCUGUUGCUAAGUAACUGUUCAAUUAUAUUGCAGCAGACUUUUAUAAUAUUGCUGACACCUCCCGGGGGGGGGGGGGGUGUGUAUUGUCAUGCAGGGCUUAUAUUAGAUAUCAGAAGCUGACCACUUAGGCUAGUUACAAACGUGGUGCUGGAUAGUCUUACCAGUUGUCAUAGAGACUUAUUGAAAACAUUGUGUCAAAAUAUGUCAUUCAAAAAGGUCAUUUUUUCGCCAUACACUCACAUCACACACCCUUUUUAACUGUGUUGAUUAGUCCUACAAGGCACAAAAUAAAAAAAAAAAAAAUGAAACAGGUUGCUACGCUAAAACUUCUACAAAUGUGACCCAACAAAAAAUUUCACAACUGUGUAUAAAUUACUUUUCAAAAAAUUGCAGUGGUAAUGGCUAAACUCUUUCGCUCUGUGGCUCUUGCUCUCACUGCUGGGACCAUGAGUCGCCUUAUUACGCCUGUCAGAGAAGACAGCCGAUGACACUCCGCCCUAAUUUGGCUUUCUCCUCUGUUCAUCUCUCUCCUCCCUGUUUGGCUUCUGUGUCUUUAUUUGGGACUCAACUCUUUGCUAUUGUUUUCUCUGCUGCUGCCCUUCUGUCCUCUAUUUCUUCCUGUUCUUGUGUUUUGUUUUGUUUCAGGCGUCUCUUUCCUCUCCCCCCUCUGCUCUUCUGUUCUCUUUCUGAGGCCCUCAGACGAAUGACCAUGCAAGUUGGAUUUUUUUAAAUUUUUAAUUUCAGGUCAAUGUAGAUGUACAGUUAACCUCAGUGUUUUGGAGUGAAUGUUACCUGAAAGUAUACAGCCUCUUUUGUCUUGACCUAAACGGUAUACACAACACUUGAAUUUAGUCUUUAGAUAAUGCCAUUUAAAAGCUGUCUUAAGAUUUUUACCAGUUUGCAGGGUCGGAUGUACCUACCCCUUGUGCUUUUGAACAAGGUUGAGCACGUGUGUGUGUGUGUGUGCGCGCGCGUGCGUGCGUGCGUGCGGAGAGGCAUAGCUUAAGUAUCAGAGCAAAGUGGGGGUGGGUGAGAGUGGUUUCGUUAGUGAGGUUAUCGAGCUCCAUCACAGAUGGUUGGUUGAAUCAAGUCCACAACACCUCCAGGAGGAUCAACAGUAAAGUCUCAUGUCCCAGAACAGCCCCUCCUCUACAAAUUGGACAUGUGUGGUUCUUUCAUCUGAUGGCCUCAUUUUAAAAACAUUCUUUACCCGCUUCUGUAUGCGUAGAGACUUCAAAAGACAAUAACAUAAUGAGACAACCCCGGCUAGGGACCCAGGACUACUGUUUUCUCCUGAUUUUAAUAUUUUGUUUUUUAAUUGUCCUCUGCUAACUUCUCCUCCGAUAGCUACCGUAACUAUAUAUGCAUUGUUUUAUAAAAAAUAAAGAACUGUACAGGGCAACUUAGGUAUAUAAUAUUUCAGAUUUUUUUUUUGCUAUCUCUUAAAUAUUCUUAUUAACAGAAGAUGUAAGAAAGUCAGUGCAUGAUGAUGAUGAUUCCUACCCUUUCACAAUGUUUCCCUCAAACUGUAAAUUAUUCUGCCCUUUUGUUUUUGCUUCUGGCAAAUAUUUCAGGGUUGUCGUUUUUAUUUUUGUUUUAUUGUUUGAAUUUUAUGCUUAAAAAGAUUGAGAAAAUUUGUUUAUAUCGGUUGGCAAAAGAAAAGCAUUGACUGCCAGCCGGCCCCCUUUCAGAUGGCUACAAUGGGCUCCGAAAAAGAUUGUAAUAAUAAUAAUGAUAAUAAUGGUCUUUUUUGUAAAUGGUAUUUUAAAAGUUAUUUUUGUAUACGCGGUUGUUGGUUGCGUCACAAGUACACUGCCCACACCCCCCCAAUCCUCCAGCUGUACUUUUCACCCAUUACUUUAUCAGUUUCCCUCUUUCUUUGCCUCUAUUUCUCUCUUUCACAUACCCCGCUUCCCUUUUUGUUGCUUACUCUCCUCUAUAGUUUUUCUAUAUGAAUUUACUCUCUCUCUGUCUGCUUGCAAAUAUACAACCUUUGUUUCAAUUGGUUUCUGAUGCAUGUGACAAAGUUAAAGAAACUGGUUCAGAUGCAAUGGAGAUUUCUCUUGUUCUGGACAAGAAGCAUCUCAUUCCUCUCUUUUUCUCUGGCCUCCAGACUUCUCUUAUGUUUUCUCUUUCACUCUUGCUCACUCCUACUCUGUUUCUUCUCUCUUUAUAUUUAAAAAUGCUGUCAUUCUCAACACAUCCCUGUACCAACAGAUUGUGUUACUUUGCAACGUGGCAGCUACUAGUAGCAACACAUUAUUAAUGCAUCUUCAACACAUUUGUGCUGCAAAGCAACACACUAUGGAUGUGUUGAAAGAGAAGCAUUAUUUUUUUAACUCUUCCUAUUGUUCUACCUCCUUUUAUGUCUUUCUCGUUGCUUCGUCUUUCUUUCUGUUCAUCGCUAUAUCUCCCUCCUUCCCCACCACCACUAGCCUUGUUCUCAGAGCCCACUUGUGCCUUUAAGAGAGAGCCCGCCCUCCCCUCUCCUUCUCCUCCAAUCAUUGUUAGCGGCGUGAGCGUGAGCGAUGUGAUUUGCUGCUGCUUGCUCAUCGCCUCCUUUGGGGACUCUCAUUUAGCCACACCCCCCCUCAUGCUCAACCCCACCACCCAAACACACACAUACACAGUCACACCUCCCAACAUGUUUGUAUGUUGCAGAAAUCAAUCAGUAAAAAUGAACAUCAUUAAGUAAA